UUGGAUAGUUCUGCUCCAAUGGGACCAGAUGCAGAAUCAACUUUUUCAAAAGCACUGUAUGCUUAGACAUCGCCUGUAUUUGUAACCGGAUGAUGUUAAAAUCACCGUCACAUAUUUCAACUGGGAGGAAUAAGCCACUUUUUAAUGUUUGGUUUAAUCACGGUUCCAUAUUUACGAGUGCAUAAUGUCGGAAACAAAUGGAAAAUAGAAAAUGUACC